UUUCCGGCUGCCGUACAACCCGGAAGUACUGCAGAAACGCCAGCAGGUUACACGCCCAUGUGAAGUUUAUCCAGAUGCUGCUUAGAGCUGGAAGUGAUUUAUGAAUCAGAAGAAGGAUUAAAGUACUCAUAAGUGAAGUGGAUGCAGCGUGUUUGUGUGGGUACAUCGUGACAAAGUAUGACAUCUAAAGCUGUUUAUACGCAUAGAGACCCCAUGCUGAAGAAAAGAGAUGACUUUGAGGACAUUCUGGAGGAGAGGAGGAACUCCAGUGACCUGAGAUACGCGCUCCGAUGUUACACGCCUGUUCUUUACAAAGAAGUGACGCCCUGUGAUUCCAGCAUGCUGAAGGGGAUGGUGCUGCAGUCCGAUCAGCUGCACUUUGUCAUCAAUCAGGUGUCCAAAGAGACGGGCAGAGCCGCCGAUGACCUGAAGGACGAGGCGUCGGCCAUCUUGGACGAGAUGGCUCAGUGUCUGCAGCUCAGCACCGUUCGCUUUUUCGCCUUCAUCCUCAGCAAGGUGUUCAAAACCUUGUUCAGGAGCAUCCGCGUCAACGAAGAGGGCAUCCAGAGGCUCCAGCAGGCCAUUCACGAACACCCGGUCGUUCUGUUACCCAGUCACCGUAGUUACAUGGACUUCCUGCUGAUGUCAUACCUCCUGUACACCUACGACCUGGCUCUGCCCGUCAUCGCUGCAGGCAUGGACUUCAUGGGGAUGAAAUUUGUCGGGGAGAUGCUGCGGAUGUCGGGAGCUUUCUUCAUUCGGAGGUCGUUUGGCGGAGACAAAGUGUACUGGGCCGUCUUCUCAGAGUACGUCAGGACCAUGCUGAAGAAUGGAUUUGCACCGGUUGAGUUUUUCUUAGAGGGAACCAGAAGCAGAACGUCCAAAUCUCUGACCCCAAAAUUAGGUCUUCUGAACAUAGUCAUGGAUCCGUUCCUUAAAGGGGAGGUGUUUGAUGUGAACCUGGUCCCUGUAAGCAUCAGCUAUGAGAGGAUCCUGGAGGAGUCGCUUUAUGCCCGAGAGCUGCUCGGUGUUCCCAAACCGAAGGAGUCCACCUCAGGUCUGUUUAAAGCCAGGAAGGUCCUGAGUGAAGACUACGGCAGCAUCCACGUGUACUUUGGUCAGCCCGUGUCCGUCAGAAGUUUAGCACAGGGGAAAGUUAACCGCUGCCAGUUCAACCUGGAACCAAGACACAUCCCCAGGAGGUCCAGCGAGGAGAUCCAAAGCUUUGUGAAUGACUCGGCCUAUAGGCUGGUGCGGGCUCAGGAGGAGAACAUGGUCCUCAAGCCGUGGGUCCUCCUGGCCUCUCUGCUGCUGCAGAACCACCACCACCAGGACCACCAGACAGUAGCCGGGGGUCAGAGAGGGAGGAUCACGCUGGAGGAUCUGACUGCACAAGCUCUGUGGCUCAGAGAUCUCUCCCGGGAGUACGGAGCAUUCCUGCACUGGCCCGAUCACACUCCUCCAUCAGAGGUCGUUUCCAGCAGUCUGUCCCUGCAUCAAGGUCUAGUGAGGAUCUGUGAGGGAAGAGUCCAGCUGGCUGUGGAGCAAGCAGCAGCAGAAGCAGGAGGCAUCAAAGAGCCUCAACUCUCCGUCACUCCAGAGGAGGCGCUCUUGAGCCAGGCAGUCGUCAUUCUGUCCUGUGUCUCCUACAGGAACCAGGCGCUGCACGUCUUCCUCAGACCGGCCCUGCUGGCCUCUGCCAUCCACACCGCCUCCUCCAACGGCAAACAGGAGGUCUUCAAUAGUUUCAGCUUCCUGAGGAACAUGUUCUCCAACGAGUUCAUCCUCUGUCCUGGAGAUACAGUGCAGGACUUUGAGGAGGCGUGUUACCUGCUCAUGAAGACGGGAGCUCUGCAGGUCACCCAGCAGGAGGUUGUGGUUACAGCGAGCGGACAGAGAACUGUGGCCUUCCUCACCAACAUGUUAGAUCCUUUCUUACAGGGAUACCAGGUGGUGUGCAGGUUCCUGUGUGAGGAAGCCUCCGACACUCUGACUGAGAAACAGUUUGUUCCUGCGGUCCGGAAGUUCAUCAUCAAACUUCUCCUUGCAGGGCGACUAAGAUACACAGAGGUGUUGUCCUCUGACCUCCAGAAGAACGCUCUGGCCGCUUUGCUGAGACUUGGUGCUGUUCAGAAAGUCAAAGGAGUGGAGCAGGGGACUUUAAAGGUGAACAAGGUGAUGGUGAACUCAUUGGAAGACACUUUAGGAGGAAAACUCCCCACUCAGAAAGCAGUCGCCGCUCGCCUCUAAUUCACCGACCUCAUUAUAAGGGAGUGAGAGGGUUUGAAUCUUUUCACCUGCAUCGACGUUUUGCCAACGAAAUGCUUUUCUAUGAGAGGUGAAACUUUUUGAGUUUCCAUCUGGAGACGGCUUUAUUUACUCGUUCUUCAACUUCUCUUUCUCCUCUUCCCCUCUCCUUUUUCUUCCAAUGACUCUUCUACUAAAAAAAAAAAAAAAAAGCUUUUAUACAUGUUGAUGAAACCGGGGGAUGAGUGAGAGAGUGGAGCUUUUUGAAGCUGUGUCUCAAAGCUUUUCUUUUGGCUCAUUGUGAAUAUCUGACCUUUUGCUACGAGCAGCUUGUUGUGAGAGCUUGUGAACCUGCCAACUCCUUUGAGGAGAGCGUCCACUCUUCAUUCAUGUGUUUGAUAUGGAUCCUCUAACACUCGGCGUGCUUUGUCUUCUCAUCUGCUUUUUUUUUAUUCUUCAUCCAAGCUUUAUUCUGCCUCUCGACUAUCUGUUAGUCUCGCCUCUCUUUUGUCUGAGCACUUUAAUCUAUUUAUUCAUGCAAUGUGCUGUGGACCUAACUCUGUUUUCUCUGUUUUUCAUUAUUUGUCUCUUUUGAUUUUUAUGAAACAAAUGUUGCUGAAACUGAUGGACAAAGGGAUCUGUUGGGUUUUUUGUAUUUGUGCUUAUAGUCAAAAAAGUUUUUCUUUUGCACUCUAUGAAAUAAAUAGUUUAUAUAUCUGAGUUGAAGUUGCCACAGACUCUAAACUACUUGAAGAAAAGCUUCCACCAGGUGUCAAAGUCGGCUUUAAACCACCCUGGUUCAAGCUUUAAAAAGAAAAAACAAACACUCCAGUUUAGACAGUGGAGAUGAAUCUACAGGGUUUAAAACAAGUGUCAAAAAAAGUUGCCAAACUCCAUUUAAAGGUCACAUAUUAUGCCAAAUACAAUUCACCAUGUUUUUUUAAUAUGUGUCUCUAGUCUGUUUACAAACCCCUCAAUUAUGAGAAAGGUCCAUCCUCUGCGUCUUUUGCCUGCUCCUGGAGCGAGAAAGCCCGAGAAACAUCCCCUUCCAGAGAGGGGGCGUGGUCAGACACAGCUCAUUUACAUAUUUAAAGGUACAGACACAGAAACAGCCUGUUCUGAGCAGGGCUGAAAUAGAGGGGUUUAUAGACAUGAUCAAAUACAGGAUCAGAGUGAAUUUAGAAGAAGAAACUUCACACAUGUUUUGAGGAGCUCUGAGUCUUGAAGAGGAGGAGAAUAUGUGACCUUUAAAACUGCAGAUAUUUAAACAAGCUCCACCAAAGAAAAUGGUUUAAAAUGUUUAUUUAAAUUUAAAAAUUUUACAGUUUUUUUUUCUCCUGUGUUAGAGUCUUGAAUCGUUUUUUUGAAAUUGCUUCAAAGUUACUGAUAUUUUUAGAUUUUCACUCAUUGGAUAAAUUAUGUUACAAUGAAAAGAGGAAAAGGCUAAACAUCAGAAAAGUGUCAUCAUGUUCUGUGAAACAAAAACAAUAAACGAUGUGAUGCAUAGGAACAGAGGUCAGCUUUAAAAGUACAGACUGGUGAUUACUCAGGAUUACUGACUCAGUCCUAGUUGUUCACAAAGAUAUCAUUUUAUCAUCAGAUCUUUUACAGGUCGAUUAGAGUCAAACAGAUAUUUAUUUAUGUGGACUAGCAGUGUGUUGUCAUGUCAGCCUUGAAAUCACAGUCCGGUGUCGACAGCAGAUUGUUGGUUUACAGACGCAGACAGAGCUGCAGAAACAAACCUCAUUGGUCGAGUUAAACUUCAACAGCCAUGUGUUCUCUGGUUUGAUUCAGGUGCCAGAUUAACACCUGAGUGUUAGUGAUAAUACUUAAAGCAUAGAGUGCAUUUCUUGAUGCUGACUAUUAAAAUAUGAGCCUGAGACAAAAGUAGUCCUUUUUUUAAAAUUGGGUCAACACUCAAAGCUGUCGGUGAAGAACAUGGAUAAAAAAUAAAUCACUCAACUCAUUCUGAAAUAAGUAAAAAUUAUAUUAAAUUAUGAAAUAAUGUGCAACCAAGUGUCAACCUCUCCCUGACACUCUGUGUUACAGAGUUUAGAUCGUCAGCAGAAAUGAUUGUUGGUUGAUACUCAAGAAAGACGUGUUACCAUGUCGUCAUCAUAGACAAACUUGAAACUGACACAUUGACACUCCUUAAAGUCUCACAUGUGAAGAAGUCCAAGUAUUCUGUGUUCGAGCAUUUUAACACAACAGAAGGGUAAAGAUUGGGAUGGAUACCUGGUUCAAUACGGACUCGGUUCAGCUUUUUUAAAAAUCUGAAAGUCUGUAACGUUUGAGCUCAUCGGCACCGCGAUUGAGUCGAGCCAAGAGACGUCUUUAAAAUCACAAACACUGAUUCACAGACGAACAUCGAUUGUCUCAUAAAGCUUUUUGAAGAAAAAUGAAACGAGCACAUCAGAGUCGAGAAUAAAAGGAAAACAAGAGAAACUUGAAUACAUGUUUGUUCAGAGGAGAAUUCGUUCUAGUUUUCAUGCGAUAUAAAAUACACAUAAAAGCUCACCACAUAACAAUAAUAAAGUAUGAAUAAAGUCCCACAUUGUUCAUGAAUAUGGAUGAGGGUAUUCUUAUAAAUAAAAAAUAAUCAUCCCUAUUCCCCCAUAAGGGUCACACUGCGGGACCAUAUCCCUUCUUUGUGAUUUCGAUUGCUGACCCAGAUUCUAAUGACUAAAGAUGGAGGGAAAGUUGUGAAAUGAAGACUUAAUGUUUGAGUCAGUAUCUGGUAAAGGUUAGCUGAGCUGCUAAUGAAGAAAACUAAGUAAUGAAAUCAGCCCAACACGUCUAAGUAGAUUGAGAUGUGUCAGACAUUUCACUUGAAUACUUUUAUUCUCAGGCUUCACUUUCUGUUAACUCGACAAACCAAAGCUAUCUGACAAACAUCUGUCGAACAACAAUCUGCAUGUCGACACCGCUCCUCCAAAGUGCAUCUCUACUGUGUGAGGGCUUCAAUUGUAUUUUUUUCCCCCCUGCAUUAAUAAUGUCUUUUAUAUACCGUAAUGUGUCUAAAUAUGGAACUCCUUUGCGUCUUUAAAUGUGUGUGUGUGCAUUGAUACACGUGUGUGUGUGUGUGUCGGGUGAGGCCUUUUCAUAAUAAUGUUCAGGUUGAUGAAAUACUAAAGCAUGUUAUAAUAAAGUGUUUGUUCAUAUAA